AAGCGAAAAGCUUCGCGUUCUGGUUUUUCUCUUCUUUCUAACGCAAUUGUUCAAAACCGCCAUAGCCAGGGAGUGCCACCUUUCAUCUUCGCUAGCACUUCUCUGAAAUUUUUCAGAUUAUAACUAGUAACCUUUAUCUUUCUUCUUGUCUCCUAAUUCGCGCUCUACGGAUUUUGAAUUUUGUUUGCCUCAAAGGUCGAAAGUAGAAAAUUCAUCGAGCUCGAUCGUCCAGUUAGGGUUUACAGAUAGAGAGAGAUGGGUAGCCCUAAGAAGAAUGAUAACAAAGGCUUCUUUGCUGCCAUGAGUUCUGGCCUCUCCAUGUUUGGUAACGCCAUGCACCGAUCCGUCAACGGGUUGCUUGGUUAUGAAGGAGUUGAAGUUAUUAACCCAGAGGGAGGAAAGGAAGAUGCAGAGGAGGAAGCUCAAAGAGGAAGGUGGAAGCAGGAGGAACGAGAUAGUUACUGGAAGAUGAUGCAGAAGUAUAUUGGUUCUGAUAUCACAUCACUGGUGACGCUUCCCGUCCUUAUUUUUGAGCCAAUGACCAUGCUACAGAAAAUGGCAGAGUUAAUGGAGUAUUCCUACUUAUUGGAUCAAGCCGAUGAAUGUGAAGAUCCUUACAUGCGUUUGGUCUAUGCAACGUCUUGGGCUAUAUCCGUCUACUAUGCAUACCAACGAACAUGGAAGCCUUUUAAUCCUAUACUCGGAGAGACUUAUGAAAUGGUUAAUCACGGUGGAAUUUCAUUUAUUGCAGAGCAGGUAAGUCAUCAUCCCCCAAUGAGUGCAGGGCAUGCUGAAAAUGAACACUUCACAUACGAUGUGACAUCAAAGUUAAAAACUAAGUUCUUAGGAAACUCUGUUGAUGUGUACCCUGUUGGAAGAACUCGUGUUACUCUUAAAAGAGAUGGCGUUGUUUUAGAUUUAGUUCCUCCUCCCACAAAGGUUAACAAUCUAAUAUUCGGACGGACAUGGAUUGAUUCACCAGGGGAAAUGAUCAUGACUAAUCAAACUACAGGGGACAAGGCUGUGCUAUACUUUCAACCAUGUGGUUGGUUCGGAGCUGGUCGCUAUGAAGUUGAUGGAUAUAUUUAUAAUGCUGCCGAGGAGCCUAAAAUACUGAUCACAGGGAAAUGGAAUGAGUCACUGAGCUGCCAACCAUGCGAUUUGGAAGGCGAACCUAUUCCAGGAGCAGAGUUGAAAGAGGUUUGGCAUGUUGCUGCUGUGCCUAAGAACGACAAAUUUCAGUACACAUAUUUUGCACAUAAAAUAAACAGCUUUGAUACUGCUCCUAAGCAGUUGUUAGCAUCAGACUCGCGUUUGCGUCCUGAUAGAUUUGCACUUGAACAUGGUGAUCUCUCCAAAGCUGGUUCAGAAAAGAGCAGUUUGGAAGAGAGGCAAAGAGCUGAAAAGAAGGAACGAGAGGCCAAAGGUCACCAGUUUGCACCAAGAUGGUUUAAUUUGACUAACGAAGUUACUCCCACACCUUGGGGUGAAUUGGAAGUGUAUCAAUAUAAUGGUAAAUAUGCUGAACAUCGGUCUGCUAUCGAUAACUCAGACUCCAUUGAUGUGGCUGAUGUUAGAUCAACCGAGUUCAACCCGUGGCAGUUUGGCAAUUUGUCUUUGGAAUGAGGUACUCUAGUUAUCUGCAUUACUAAUCUGAAUCUGGAGUUGGUUAAUGGAACUUCUUUCAGCGAUAUGUGAAUGCAGUACGUUGUUUGCUAUUAUGUUGUGUACAUCGUUUCCAUAAUCUCUAUCAUAGUUGGUCUUAGUAUUCCCAUUGACGAAAUUUCUACGUUCUGUGUCUCAAACUUGACGCAUCAAGGUAAUGGUCAGCUGCUGUUGUUUAUUUAGUUGAAAGCGUGUAACUGUUUUCCAUUGAAUGAAAUAUUAAACCAUUAAAUUAGAAUAUAAAAGAACAGAAAAAAAGAAGAUAUUAUUAGUGA